CAGUGUUUGAAGACAGAGUUUUUGAGUGGGCAAAAAUCAAGACACCCUCUCAAAAAUUAAAGCUAAGGUAAAGCAAAAUUCCCACUCCCAAUUUUCUCUGCAACUCCUUAAAGCUUCUUCUUCUUUCUUCAAAAUCUUCGCCCUCAAGAUCUCCCUUUCUCUUCUUUUUUCCAAUCACAACAAUGCCUAUCAAUACCGAAUCUACGCCGCCUCCCUUGAUCGGAAAAAUUGGCCCUUACACCGUGUUCAUGACCCCGCCGUCCACUCCUUCGCCCGCCUCUCCGCCGCAGCCGGUUUUCGAGUCCCCUAAGAAGGUCAUUCAGCCGCCUCCUGUUCAGCCUCCGCCUCAGCAGUUCGAUAAGUCUGUUUCUGUUGAUACUGUGGCUAAUGGGAAUGCCUCCGUCGCUGGAUUCUUUAGAAAUGCGGUCUCGAAAGUGCAGAAUGCACAUUCAAGCUUGGAUGACCAUUUGGCUCGCUGGUUCGGGUUAAAUCAAUCCAAGUACCAGUGGGCGCUAGAUGACUAUUACGAGAGCAAGGGAAUGGAAAAUGGGGACAUGAAAGCGAAGGAACCGUCGAGCAAAGCCCAGAGCGUGUAACAGGAACUCCUCAUCUUUGGACAGUAUAGAAACUAUUUAUACCUUAUCUAUGCAAUGGCUGAACUGGAUCUCAUUGCUUAUGAAACACUGAUGAAGAGGUCGGCCAUUAUACGAAAAUCGACAGAAUUCAGUCGUGUUGUAGUUGUUAACCCGUGUAAUGUUAUGUAUUGUCGUCGUCGUCGUCGUCUUCUUUUUCCCGAGUUGAUUCAUCUUUUGUUCUUUUGAAGCUGAACCUAUGGCUUAUGUAUUUUGAGCUACCUUUUUUUGGUUAUUUGUGGCAUUGUAAUGAAGGCAAUGUUUGGCUACA